UGCUUGCAUUCGACUUCGGCGUCAGCGGUGAUCGUAAUGAUGACGUGCGUUGUCUGGGGAAUGUUCCAUAGAUCAUGAACCCGGUGGGCGGUGCAUUUCCAGGCGGAUCAUGGAUGGCGCAACGGCCUUGGUCUAUCACUCGACGAUGACGACGUCAUGGAUUCCAGGUCUAUGAAUGGAAACGGGGAUGGACCAGAUAUAUAAACCCCCAGUUUCUUGCUCCAGCUUCUACUCUUCCCCAUCAUCUCAAUCAUCUCCAUCCACCUGAACAAACAUCUACUCUACUUCCAAUCUUCAAACCACUUCAUUUCAAUCACCAUCAAAAUGUCUGACACUGGUCGCAAGGAUUUCACUACCAAGGCCAAGGAGGAAUUGACUCCUGACUCCACCAAGUCCACCCAGGACAAGAUCAAGGAGGGUGUCACCGAUACUACCGACCGUUUCGCUCGUGGUGCUCAGACCGACGAGAGCAAGUCUGCCCCUCAGGAGGCCGCGGACAAGACCCAGCGUGCCCAUGACAACCAUGCUCACGGCGGCGCCACCUCUUCUAUUGGCGACAAGAUCAAGAAUGCUGUCGGCAUUGGCAGCGGCAACUAGUUUAGCAGCUGCCAAACGAACUUCGGGAUAUUAAUGGCGUUAAUCAUGGUCUUUCAUGAAUUAUGAUACCAGUUCUUUCCUGUGUACUACUAGGAUCGAUAAUAAUGUGACAUUGAUUUUCACACGAGAACCU